AAAUUUUUCAGAGAAUAUGGCAGAAUCCGUGGAAAAUCAGGAUGAAAUUUUGAUGACCAUUACCUGGAGACAGGAGGAAAUCCUCAAAGAACUGAUGGCUAUUGAAUCGGAAGACCAGUUAUACUACUCAGACGAGACAAGCUCUAAUGACAGAGAUAAAAAUAAAAACGAGGACCAGUUAUACUUCUCAGCGGAGACAAGCUCUGAUGAAGAAGAUAAAGAAACAGGCGAGGACCAGUUAUACUACUCAGAACAGACAAGCUCGGAUGAUGAACAUCAAGGCGAACAAACGAAAAUUCAACGCCCACACACACCAACGGCGGCAACCACUUCAACGAACAACACGAAGAUCGAGGAUGACAUGGAGGCCAAAUACUGGAUACAGAAGGCAGACGAUCUAAACACUUACACAAACAUAUUAGCAAUGAUGGAUGAGGACAAGUACGAAAAGGAAAGCUGCUCCUCCGAAGUGGAAUUUGGCGGUUUUGAAUGGAAUGGAAAUAGUCUGGUGACCAUCUAUGAAGAUGCUUUAACGAACUCUAACACUGAUCCUACGGCUAAGGAAAUACUUUUGGAUACAUGGCCAGAAGGAAUAGAAAACGAAUAUAUCUCAAUGGAAGAACGAGAGAAAAUAAAAGCUCGGAAAGACAUUGAUUAUACGAUGAGUAAUCUGAACAUCGCGGAGGACGAUAUCUACCAUCUGAAAAAAAGAAUAGCUAGGUUUGAGGGUCGAGAAGGAACAGUGUUUCUCGCCUUAGAUUCCCUAGCAAGGAGAAUAACGAAGUUGACAGAGAUGGUAACUGAGGACAACCUGGCGAAACAUGAUCAAGUCAAGGAAGAUGAAAUAAUGCAAACUAAAAUAACGAACAUCGCUCACAAGAUAGAAAUAAAAACAAUAAAGACUUUGAUUAAAAAACAAUCAGUUCGAAUAAAAGAAUUGGAAAAACAACUGGAAACUGCUCAAGAAGCAAACUGGAAGAACGGGAAUAUUUGGAGAGAAAAUUAUAAUCGUUUGGAGGAAGAAUUGGAAUCUACUCGAACUGAACUUCACCAUUUAAUGUUUUCACGCAGAAUGGAUGAACACGUCAAGAAAAAUCCUCUCCUGGAGGAUUAAUAUUCGUAAUAAGGAUAUCUGUAUAUAUCUAUGCGGGGAAAUUAAUUUUAAAACUUUGAAAACAAAAA